AUGACUUCAGAAGACUAUAAGAAAGAAGACUCUGAUAGACGUGGCACUUCCUGGAUUUCCUCCAUAGGUGGUCUUUCUCCAUCGGAGUACCUCUCUACGGUGAACACCAGCCUGGAGACUGUACUAGGCAAGCUAGAAACAGGUUUCCAUGUCGACACAUUCAAGAGUGACGUGCGUGAGCUGUGCAUAGAGGUGAAUAGACUUGUUGACUACAUAGAGGUAUGCGGUAUGCACUGCUCUGCGUCAACGUACAGCGCCCUUCUAGCCACCCUGGCGCGUUUGCAUACAGCUGUGGCUCAGGUGCAGAGGUCCGGUAAGAGCACGUCGAAACCUGCGUCUGCCACGCCACGCGCAUACAGGAUACAAACACCCUGCCUCCCCAAGGAUUUCUCUGUGUGA